AGCGCUCCCUCGUGAGUCGUGCUUUCGGCUUUCCCUAACCUUGGACGCUCAGAAAACCGCCGGAGGAUCAAGAACGUAAGAGCUCUGAUGUCCCAAAGCAGCCGCCGCGACAAGUGACGGCAGCUCUCGCGAUUCAAGGAAAAGGGGGAAAGAACAAUGGCGGCCGCUCUCGUCGGCAAGAACCCGACCCACCGAACCCUAGACCUGCUGCGGCAAUCGUUCGGCUUCCUCAGGAACUUCAGCGCCGCCGCUUCGCCGCCGCCGCCUUCUCCGGCGAGCGGCGCUUCUCCUCCCGCUUCUUCGAAGAAGCCGAAGCGGAAGAAGAAGAAGAACCUGUUCGAGGUGGCUCAGUUCCUUCCCAACUGGGGCAUCGGGUACCACAUGGCCAAGACUCACUGGGCCGGCGUCUCCUACCAGAUCACCAAGAUCAAUCUCUACAAGGAUGGGAGGCAUGGCAAGGCAUGGGGCGUCGUUCACAAAGAAGGGUUGCCACCUGCCGAUGCUCCAAAGAAAAUAGGUGGCGUUCACAAGCGCUGUUGGAGGUAUAUUCCUAAUCUGGGAAGUGCAUCUAGUAGCCUACCAAGUUCGACAAAGCCAACGGAAACUCCACAAGCUGAAGCUCAAGCUGCUUGACAUUUGUUUGUUUAGAUUUCACUGAAAUGAAGCUUGGAGGAGUCUUUGGGCUUCGAACUUUAGUGUAUUUGAUGAGUUCUUGGUGACGAUAGUCAAGAUUAACACCUCUAUUCCUGCCAAGAACUUUCACCAAUUAUGUGAUGAUUUUUCUCACAUCCCAUUUGGUGUGGGCCUUGAAUUGGAGAAGUAGGUGGGUGUUAACAAAUGCAGAUGAAAACAUUCCAUUUAGAUAAUAAUUUGACUGCCUACUAAGGAGAGU